GGGUGAUGCAUCAGCUUCUUCGCAAAGUGGGUCGAAUACUCAAUCAACCAAAAAAAAAAGGGAAGAGGUUGCACCCGGAUGAAAAAGUUGCAACUUUUGACUGCACGGGAUGAGAGAAUAUCAAUAGAUUUUAAUUCAGAUGGACAUCCUAUAGGGGAACUUGCAAAAGAUUUCAAGUUUCAUGUGGCUUGUCUUGCUCGAGAGAAAAUCAGUAUUGUGAUUGAUGAGUGGGAUAAUGUUGGCAGUGAAGACAUAAAAGAAAUUUGAAAGGACUUAAGGUAAUUUUAAUUGCAUUUACUAAGUCUUCUAUUUGUUGUGUAACAUAGCAAAUAUGGGUUAUUCCUAAAAAUGAUGUUGUUGAUAAGAGGACGAUGAUAUAUGCGGGUGAGCGUUGGAAGGCCUUUAAAAAUAGCUUAACAAGUAGAUAUUUAAAUAAUGGAAAUAAGAUGGGCAUGUCAGCUGCUGAUGAUUAUCCUUAUAUUGAUGAAGAGAUGUGGAAGAAUUUUGUUAAGUCGCGUGAGGACCCUUCCCUUCUAGUUAGUUGGCUUUAUUAGUUAUUUCAUCAAUCAAAUAAUUUUUUAGUACUACCUAAUGAAUUUCUGUGGUAUAUAAUAGGAGAAAAGAUAAAAGGGACAAAAGGCUCAAUCUUAUAAUAAAUAUCCCCAUAGAUUGUCCCAAGGGGGAUAUGCUUUGCUUGAGAAAAAUAUGAUGGCAGAAAAGUUAAAAGAAAGACAAGAAGCAGCUGAAGGGUCAGAGGUUCCAUCUCCAUCUCCACCACAACGUCAUGAGAAGUGGAAGAGAGCCCGACUAAAACCAUCAGGAGAGUAUACAUCGGAAGACGCUCGUCGUGUUGCAGAAAAAAUUGAUUCUCUAGUGUUAGAAGGGACCUUUGUCCCACAAGGACGGAAAGAUAUUUUGACUGAAGCCACAGGGUAUGAUGAGCACCCUGGUCGUGUUCGUGCUGUUGGUCGAGGUGUGGGGAUUCGACAAUUCUUUGGAUCUCAUUCUCGUAAAUGUUCUUGUCCCCCGCCUGUUAUGAAUAAAUACCAAAUAGAGACUAUUAAGGCUGAGCUUAUUAAGGAUAUUAGAGAGCAGGUGAUGCGGGAUAUAUCAUCUUUGCCAGCUUUCUCUCAAAAAUCCAGAAAUGACCCAAUUUGUUCUUCUGAUACCACUCUACAAUAUGCGAGCGCAAAUGGUACUUGUUCAGAGGUGCCUCAUAUACAAGAUGAUGAUCAAGAGGAUAUUCCUGAAGAGUGUGAAUUGUAUAUUGAUGGAAACACUCGUGUAGUGGCAUAUGCUAAUGUGUAUAUGUUAGGGCCCAAUAUACAAAAUCAGGUGCUCAAUAAUGAUAUGGUGAGAGUGGCUGUUACCAAAGUGAUGUAUGCAAAUGCUAAAGUACCGGUUCCCACGGAUGAGGUUACCACGGUUGGUGAUGCCUCUAAUACUUUCAUUCAAUGGCCAAAAAGACUUUUGCAACUUACUUCUAAGAAGAAAUAUGAUGCUCCACCAAAAAAGUCGGAACCUAUCUGUAAAAAAUUAGGGGUAAAGGCAAUGUUUAUGGAUCAAACUUUGAAGUUUAAUGGUGAAUUCGGUGAGACAAAUGCCAUUAUUGAGCUCCCAAGAGAAGAUAUUGUAGACUUGUGUAUGGGUACAAAAGAUUUAGGCAUCACUGUUUUACAAGUGUGGCUCAUUCAAAAUGAGCGAGGUAGUGUUCAAUCCUACAUGCAAAAGAAGAUGUGUGAUGAUAUCAAAGAAUGUUACCUUGCUCCUUAUUUUAGCAAUCAUCAUUGGCAAUUGUUCAUCAUUAAUCCUCAGAAGCUUGAAGUAGCCUUUUUAUGUUCAUUGGGAAAGAAGCCAGAUAAAAAAAUCUAUGACAUUGUUAAAAUUACAUUGGAAGCUUAUAAUAAACUACAACGUGUGAGAAAGCAGAAGAAAGUAGAAUGGUUCUAUCCCACCACUCAAAUAUUUCGGGAUUCAAAUCCAUUUCAAAAAGAGGAAGUUAAAAAUGUUCAAGAGCGUUGUGAAAAUAUGAUAUUGGAACAUAUUGAAGCAAGUGGAGACAAUGAUAUGAAUUAUGUGCAAUUCUAUGUUGGAUGUUUUACUCUUGUUUAUGCUUUUUCAUUAAACAAGAGUUAUCUCUAUUGA